AUGCCGGACACCUUGAAGCUCAGGGCUCGGGCCAAGGAGCUCCCUGACAAGGCGAGUGCCUCUUUCGCCGCCGCUAUCUUCGAGCUGGGUCUCAAGCACUCAUCCCCUAAGGUGCUGAUGAAGCUCAUGCCCCCGAAGGCCAACAGCCUGACGACGGAACACAUCAAGAGCCGGCUACAGAAGUACCGCCUCCACGCACACCGAUCCAAGGUGGGCGACAUCCGCGACUUGGGCGCGCAGUGCGUACGGGAGCAGCUCUACCUGCAGGAGGUCCUGCGGCAGCACAUUUCCGCACAGCUCAAGCUCCAAGCAGAGAUCCACGAGCACCUCACCACCGCCGCCGCCGCCCCUUCCCCCCUAGACGGGAGCAACAGCGAGGUUUUCAACGAGGAGCAGGCGGUGGAGGGGAAGGGGGGAGAAGAAGCAGCUCGAUGAUGAGCCGGGGGUUGAGAGGUAUUUUGGGACGAAUCGUGCGGUACAUUUUUCUGUUACGAGGGGUUUGAGCGGUAUUGGGACGAAUCUUGUGGUACAUUUUUCUGUCACGCGGGGGUUUGGUCGAUAUUUUGGGACGAAUCGUGUGGUACGUUUUUCUGUCACGCGGGGGUUUGGUGGAUAUUUUGUGGCCGAACUCUUGUCGUAUGUUUCUGUUACGAGGGGGUUGAGCAGUAUAUUGGGACGAGUCUUGUGGUACGUUUCUGUUGUGCGACCGUAAGGAGGGGGUUGAGCGGUAUUUGUAACGGUGUACAUUUCUGCAGGGCGGCGUAGCAGCCUCUCGACAGCAGUCGGAAAGGAGGAUUGAGAAUGUGUAAGAGAGGGGCGGGGGGGCAUUUGCGCUGUAGUGAGGGUAGGAUUGUCGACUAUUUACAUCAGGAUGCGACACCACCAGCUCGGGAGGGGAAAACAGUAAAUGGGUAGCGGGAGGGAGGUCUUUUUGGACGCUGUUGGUUGUUGAUGUUUUUAUUGUUGUCGUCAGGGUCGAAAAAAGCGUUUCCGUCUC